CGAAGUCCCGACGGGCACGUCCCGCAUCCCUUUCAGAGCGGUCUCGCUUUUUCUCGGGCGUUGCCAGUUCUCGCGAGACGCAAGCGAAUGAAUCGGCCCGCUGAGCUUGCAUAGCUGGCGAGGCGGACGCGGCUAUUUCCUCCACCUGCGAGACCCGCUGCGACUCCAGUGGGGCUGCUGCUGCUGCUGCUGCUAUGGGGCUGCAAGGGGUCAAGGCUGUUUUCUUUGACUUGGACAACACGCUGAUCGACACCGCCGCCGCAGGCAGGAGAGCCAUUGAGGAGGUGAUAAAUGUCUUGCAGUCAGAGCAUCAUUGUGAUGAAAAAGAAGCUCGCCUGAUUUGUGAUAAAGUCCAAGCCAAACUCCUCAAAGAGUGCCACGAUCCUUCUAAGAUGUGUAUUACUGACUUAAGGAUUCAGCACUGGGAAGAAGCUAUACAAGAAAUAAAGGGAGGAACAGCCAACCGCAAUCUAGCUACAGAAUGUUAUUUCCUUUGGAAAACUACCCGCCUGCAACAUCUGACCUUGGCAGAAGAGACACGGGGGAUGCUCAGCAACCUUAGAAAAUAUGUCCGUUUGCUUCUACUGACAAAUGGAGACACUCAGACACAAAGAGAAAAGAUUGAAGCCUGUGCUUGCCAGCCAUACUUUGAUGCCAUUGUUGUGGGGGGAGAGCAAAAAGAAGAGAAACCAGCAUCGUCUAUAUUUCGUCACUGUUGUGAACUUCUAGGGGUUCAGCCUGAGGAUUGUGUGAUGGUUGGUGACUCUUUAGAUACAGACAUUCAAGGAGGCCUGAAUGCAGGUUUUAAAGCAACAGUUUGGAUAAAUAAAACUGUCACACCCCCAAAAGACACUUCUCCAGUCCCUCACUAUAUUAUUUCUUCUGUUCUUGAUCUUCCAGGACUUUUACUAAACAAAGGAGAUGCUAACUUAGAAAUUAACCGGUUGGCUGGUAUUUCUAACGUGUGCGAUAAUUCCACUGAUGAACCUAGGACUUUAACCUGCUAGGGUUCAUUUUAAAGGGCAUUUUUAUGCAUGAAGCUUGAACCAGCUUGUUACUAAGUAAAAUACCUUCAAUUGGUUUCAAUGUACAUUUGAUUUCUACAUUGUUACAGUAGGAGUAUUUGCAUGUAGCACAAACAGAAUGAAAAGCAUCUCAGUUACAUGCAGAAAUGUAGAAGGCAGUAUAAAGAUCUAUUUUAUGAUUGUGGAAUUAAAUCCUAAUUGUUCGAAACCCUGUUUGGACACUCCAGCUUUGUCCUCUUAUAUAUUCUUGUAAUUCUGGGUUCUCUCAUUCAUUUUUACUGUGUUUUGCAGUGAUGGUUCUCAAAUAAAAUGGUCUCAACAUCGUCAGUGAAAUAGUCCCUGCCCUUGUAUAUAUGCAGACCCAUUUAUCAGAGAUAUUAAGUAAUCUGCUUUUUGUGAGAUAUUUAACAUUGACUAAUUCUAGCAUUUUAGAUGACAUCCCUAUGUGAUAUAAUCCGAGAGGACGUGCCUUCCUUGGCUUGCUCAAACUUCCUCAAAUGUGUGGCUCUUUGGAGUUCAGCUUAUUCCACCUUACGAUGGCAAUUUUGUGUGCCCUCUAUGUAUAAGUGAUGCUUUAGAAAAACCAUACCAGUAGGUGAGGCAGCUCACUGCCGCAAGGGGCUUGCAGUCUAAAACAAGCACAGGGUGGCCCCAGAAGAAGGGAGUACUAAGACGCAUGGGUAAGACAAGGACAUAUUAUAUUAUUACUUCACUUACACAUACUUCUGCUUAGUUAUAAUACGAGUUAUAGCAAUGAUUGCUUUGGGACUAUGCCAUGCUUCAGAAAAUAAUGCAAAGUGAGACUGGGGAAUGUGGGGCCCUUCAGAUGUUGGAGUCCAAUUCCCACCAGUCCUGGCCAGCAUGGCUACAGUGAGGGGAGAAAGGUAUUUGAUCCCCUGCUAAAUUUGCCCGUUUGCCCUCUGGUGAAGAAAUGACCAGUACAUAAUUUUAAUGGCAGGUUUAUUGUAGCUGUGAGAGCAGGGCCAGCUCUAAGGCAAGGCUGGGUGGCGCC